AUAGAGGUAAGGAUGUUUGACUGUUUAGGAUGUAAAAUUGGUUUAUUACAACAUUUUGAACCUACUACUCAAUCAAUCUCAUACGUCGUUUUUUUUUUUUUUUUUUUGAACAAACUUCAAUCCGAACCCAUAACUUUGGAAACUGGCUGAAAUCAAUCUGUUCAAUUUGGUAGUUUCCUUGGUUUGCUUGGUGUCAUGAAGACCCGUUUCUAUUUCGAAGUUAUCAAAGCACUACAUUGAAUCUAAUCAAUCAUCUCCGGGUCAAAGCUGCCACUUUCCACUCCAUUGAAUCUGAUAAUUCUCUUGUCGUCAAUCGCAUGGUGUAUGACCGAAGCGUCAAUGGAAGCUAUUUCACAGUAUAUUUCAAAGUUAUUCAGUACGUCCGGGAAGAGAGCAAAACAAUCUUUACUUCUUCCAGAGGGAUUAUGCCGGAGAUUUUCACUCGCUGAGAUCAAGAUAGCUAUCAAUAACUUCGACGAUGAUUCAGUAAUUGGUGAGGGAGCUUUUGGCAAAGUAUACAAGGGAUUUAUUGGUGACUGUACCGUAAGCGUUGCAAUAAAGCGUCGUAAUCGGAUGUUAGGACAGGGUUUCAAAGAGUUUGGGACGGAGUUAGUGUUGCUUGGCCAGCUACGCCACCCUAACCUCGUCAAUCUCAUCGGAUAUUGUACUGACAAACACGAGAUGAUCCUAGUUUUUGAGUUCAUGGUAGGUGGAUCCCUCGACAGACACCUCCUCCACCAGGACCAACAUGAUCCCCUCCCGUGGAAACGAAGACUACAGAUUUGCAUUGGAGUGGCGCGUGGACUGCACUACCUUCACACUGGAGUUAAGCAUACUAUAAUCUACCGCGACGUGAAGUUGACAAACAUUUUGUUGGGUGAGAACUGGGAGGCCAAGCUGUCAGAUUUCAGCUUGUGCAAGAAGGGUCCCCCGAGUUUGUCAAAGGCUUUAAUUAGGAUUGAUUCUGUAGUGAAGGGUACUGUUGGAUACCUGGAUCCCGCUUAUCUUCGAACGAGUCAGCUGACCGAUAAAACUGACGUCUACUGUUUCGGUGUGGUACUGUUUGAAGUGCUCUGUGCGAGAAGAUCAGUGGACGUGGAAUCAGAGAGGGAACAGAAUAUGGCCGUCUGGGCUCCAGCAUGCGUAGAAGAUGGGACCAUAAAUCAGAUUAUUGAUCCCUAUCUGAUAGGGAAGAUAGCUCCGGAGUGUUUCAAGAUAUACGUGGACAUUGCCACUUCUUGCCUGCGAGAAGACAAUUUGGAACGUCCUGCGAUUGGUGAAGUGGAGAUAGGCCUUGAGCACGCAUUGGAGCUGCAAGAGUAUGCAGAUGCUGCGAUGAGGAAAGAUGAUGUGGGUUCUGGUAGUGACCAAUGAUUCAAUAUACCUAUCCCAUUGUUAAAUUAAAUAUACCUGUAAGUGCUUCUAUGAGGAAUCAGCCAACUUGUUCUUGGGCACCGCCAUGCCAAACGGCUUAAUGAACAUACAAUUAUCAAAUUCACAUUUGGAUUGGGGUCUUCUCCACUUCAAAGUCUAUUUCAUGGUUUGGUGUAACCAAGCGGGUGAGAAUGGAUUGUUUGACAGUGAUAGUGCUGCCACAGCUGGUGUGGAGGUCUUCUUUUGGGUUUGGGAAAUUGGUCUGAUUUUAGUUUUGUUAGAAAUUUAUGUUCCAUGGUAGUUGGAUAAAGUUUUCACGGUAAUGGAUGCUACACAGUAUUGAUAGAUUGAUGUAAAUGACUUUGUUUGUA